CCUUAAGUCUCACUUUCCGGCCAGUACAGAGCUCCCUGAAGGCUGGUUGGGUUGGUGAGGCCUGAGGAAUAGACUUUUCACUGAGUUGUUUCUAUGCUGUAAAAUCCAGAAUAUUAGAAGAAAAUGAAAAAAUAUCCGCUCUUUUGAAGUGCUGUGAUGUAGGAAACAAAGAAUCCGCAAUGCCCUGGCUUUCCUGGAACUGGUUCUCUAGACCAUGCUAGCGUCAGACUCACAGAGAUCCACCUGCCUUACCAAUCAAGUGCUGUGAACUAGAGCUUCUGGAAUUUCUGAGAAUCCCUGCUCAAUACAAGAUGGACCCUGUGGUCUUGAGUUAUAUGGACAGUCUAUUGCGGCAAUCAGAUGUCUCACUAUUGGACCCUCCAAGCUGGCUCAACGACCACAUUAUUGGGUUUGCCUUUGAAUACUUUGCCAAUAGUCAGUUUCAUGACUGCUCAGACCAUGUCUGUUUCAUCAGCCCUGAAGUCACCCAGUUCAUUAAGUGCACCAGCAGCCCUGCAGAAAUUGCCAUGUUCCUUGAACCCCUGGAUCUUCCCCACAAAAGAGUGGUAUUUUUAGCCAUCAAUGAUAAUUCUAACCAGGCAGCCGGAGGUACCCACUGGAGUUUGUUGGUUUAUCUCCAAGAUAAAAAUAGCUUCUUUCAUUAUGAUUCCCAUAGCAGGAGCAACUCAAUCCAUGCAAAGCAGGUAGCAGAGAAACUGAAGGCUUUCUUAGGCAGCAAAGGAGACAAACUGGUCUUUGUGGAAGAGAAAGCCCCAGCUCAAGAGAACAGCUAUGACUGUGGGAUGUACGUGAUAUGUAACACCGAGGCCUUGUGUCAGAGUCUCUUUAGACGGCAGCCAGAGUCCCCGCUGCAGCUACUCACCCCGACAUACAUCACAAAGAAGAGAGGAGAAUGGAAAGAUCUAAUUGCCAGACUUGCUAAAAAAAACGAAGUAGCUACUGAAGAAUGCUCGUGAUGUUUGAAGUCUGGUCUUUCUGCCUUUCUCUAUGGUGACAGCCUCAGUGCCUGAGGGAAAACCACUAGUAGAUGAAAGUUUACAAUUCCUGCUUCUUUAUUGUUCUGUAAGAAUGUCAUCCUCUGUGUUCUCUGAAUGGGAAGUUUCACUGUAAUCCUGAGGAAAGCGGUACAUUCUGUGGAAAUGUCUUGAACUUACGUACCAAAACUUUAGUAACAAACCUCUCAUUACACAGUUUCAAGUAAGAGCCUUCUUUUCUUGUUGGUAUAAAACUAUUAUCCCUUUUGGUCUCCCUUCCUUGUUGGCUUAUUCCAAAGAAGUGAUGUUCCAAAGCAAACCAAUAACAUGAAGUCUAAAGACAUGCAUGAAGAAAACAGCAGAAGAACCAACAUCUUUGUUUCACAGCCAUAGUGAGGCGUCCGACUGGAGGUGGAUCAUUACCUAACUCCACUUAUAGCCUUCGGUUUAUAAAAAUAAGGCAUUCUCGGGUGCAAAGGCUUUCCCGUCUGCAAAUACUUAAUAAAGAUGACUUUAGCUCAUCUUUAUCUAUUUCCUGGAAUGCUUUAAGAACAUGGAACGUCAUUAAAAUAAAUGGCUAUAGACUGGGAGCAUAACUUUGAGGAAGAGCACCUGCUGUGGUGUGCAGGAAGACUUGAACUCAAUUCCAAAUUGCAGUAAAUAAAAACAAAACAAAACCACCUGCGGGUGUGUGGUGCAUCUCUGGUUUCCCUGAGUGAGUGGGUGACUCAGCUCUAAGUGAUGGUGACUUUGUCUUGUCCUUUACAUGGAUUUAGUCCCUCCCUUUACCUAACGUGCUGUAGUUCUCAAGCUCACAGGAUAACCAGCCAAGAUUAGCUGUUAUUUCAGACAUGUUCUACUUUUGGUAGAUAGAGCUUUUACACUAAUCUAGCAGAGUUGUUUUCAGGUAUGUUGUGGUAAUCUCCAUACUAUUAAUGAUCUAAAACAUAGGAGCAGUUUAUUUUUUAAAUAUAAAGGAAAAAAAAUGUCACCUUCCUCAAACUUAAUCCAAAAAGUAAAUGGUAUAACUUUAAAAUAUGGAAACAAGACUAAAAUGAAAUACUACUCCCCACAAAGCUAUUGAUAAAUUUUUCUACUUGUUUCAAGUAAUUAACACAAGAAGUUGGGCACACAUAAUAAUUAGACCCCGAUAACAAUUUGCAGUGUAUAUGGGAUGUAAAACACAAAGAUGUGAUUCACUCACUGAAACUGACUUCAGCUACUUCUCCACUCUAACCCUGACCCCAGCGUUCAUAACCCAAAAUAACCUCUCCAGUCAGCAACUACAGAGGUACUCAGUUCCCUGGAGCCAGGAAGAGGAAGAUGGUAAAAGUGUAAAAGCACAGGCUGCAUAAGCAGGCUUCAGUGUAUGGGAUCUGAAACAAGUUUAAAAAAGGAAAAAAAAAAAAUGGGAGAGAGGGGAUUCCAUUUCAAGUGAGCCCAUUUCAAACCAAAAGACUUAAUGAAAGAUAGGCAGGAAAAUGUUAGAAAUUGGCAGUGAGCCAUAAAUGAAAGAGACAGGACAGGGAGAGCAAGCGUAGGGACACAGGUUCUGAUAGGCCACCAGUGGAGAUAAAGGCAGCAAGCAGUGUCAUUUCAGUGACUGUUUACUUAGGCAGCUGAUCUAGACCUUCGGAGAGUCUGCCCUCUCAGGGGAAGGUUAUCUUUCGGGUAAUACACAGUAUGCUUGUUUACUUAAACAUCAGCCUGUCUCCCCUUUAAUAGCUAAUACAUGCGAGAGCAGUCUUGUCUAAUUCCCUAAGGUUUGUCCCAGAAUUAUUUUUUAACUAAACUAUUGUCUUUAUUUAAAAACAUAAAAAUAUACAAUCUUUUUCCAAAUACAUAACAUGUUUGUAAUCAAACUUUAAGUUAGUCUUUUGUUGAGUAGGCUUUGUGAGACAGCUCAGAGGAUUAACACACUUACCACCAACCCUGAUUUGACCCCCAGGUCCUACUUAGUAAGAUGAGAGAAUUGGAUUGGCUCCUUGUAAGUUGUCCUGUCUCCCAAUGUACACCUUGGCAUACUUGUAACUACUCACAAUAUAUAUAAAUAAGUGUAAGAGAAUCUUGAGUAGAUAAUUUGAAAAUCUUGACUUUGUAAAUAACAGAUUUUGAGCUUACACGUAGUAUUUCACUAGAUACUAGGAUAGUCCAUAAGGUAUAUACCUGCUUAACCAUACACCAUUAAUGUAAUACUCAUAAUACUAUACUAAUAAUAUAAAUACAUUGAUAAUAAUAUUAAUAUAUUUUAUUUCAAAUAUCCAAUUGUGCUGCCCCACAAGUAUAUUUGAAUAUGUCUAACCUGGGUCUCAAUAUGGAAUUGAGAAGUUACAUAUAUAAACCCAACAUUAGCUGGGAGUAAUAUAUAUGUGUAUUCUCUACCUCAGGGCUAUACCUUCAGCCCUAUUUUUUAUUUUUUGACUUUGUGGGUUUGGUUUGGUUUGGGUUAUUUUGUUGGUGGUGGUGGUGGUUUUUUGUUUUUGUUGCUGUUGUUGUUGUUUUAUUUUGUUGAAAAAGGGUUUCUCUGUGUAGCCCUGGAACUCAGGUCAUGGACCAUUCUGUGUUGUGCAGUUAAAUACUUUAGAUACCCUUAAAAAUAUAUGUCCAUGUGUUGCUAUAAUUUAAAGUACUAGAUAACAUUAUAAAGGUUUUAUGCAUUUAUAGCCAUUUUUAUUGUUGGUUUUUUUCAAUGGUAGAGGAAUUGAGACAGUCUCUCAUGGCCCAGGCUGGCCUACAACUUGAUAUGUAGUCACUUCUGAUCCUCAGACCUCCAGCUCUGGAGGAAUAAGAUUACAGGUAUAUGCCACCACUCCUGGCUAAUUUCAUUUAUUCUUAUAUUUUUCCAAGUGGUCUUAUUCCUAUUUUAUAAUAAAUAAAUGCAAUGUCAAUU